GCACAGUUGACUGAGUCGGCCGCUGCUGAGCGCAGCGCAGUCGGCAGUGUUCGCGCGAUAAUCGACGCGUUUGGACGUACGGUCAUGCGAGAAUCGGCUGGCAGGAUGGCCGAACUACAGUUCGAGGCGCCGCUCGCGCAAAUCGAGGAGGCGGACGACUGUCUAUCCACGGCGGACUAUCCGCAGAAGACCAUAAACGGCAACGACAUACUACUAAAUAAUUUGAACAAUCUCAAAAGUGACAUCGCGAAAAUGAAAACCGACUCCAAUAAAAUCAACGAUAAUGACGAACCGAAACCGGUGAAGUGUAAACAGGACAAUAUGCAGAACGGUGAGGGAGACAACUUCACGGAGACUUUCUCCGGCUCGCUCGAAGAUCUGGUGAACACUUUCGACGAGAAGAUAACCAAGUGUUUCGGGAAUUACGAGGAAAGCGUGGAAAAGCUGGCCCCGGUGCAGGUUCGCUCGCAGGAGGAAAUUAUGAACGAGUGCCAAAUGUGGUGGACAAUCACAGGCAACUUCGGGAACAUUCUACCCAUUGACUGGACCAAGUCCUUUUCAAGGAAGAUGCAUAUCCCGACUUUGAAUCUGAGUGACAAAAAGCUGCGCUGUCGCAUCGUGGAGGGAGGGUUGCGGAAACUCGGUGCAAUGACCCCGGACGACGAGAUACACAGUUCUGAGGAUGAAGCAGUCGCGUCAGAUCUGGACAUGCAUGCCUUGAUACUGGGCGGGCUUCAUCAGGACCAUGAAUGUCCUGUUAAGACAGCUGAUGAGGUAAUACAAGAAAUAGACGAUAUGAUGCAAGAGACGCCAUCUUCUGAAGGUGAUCUAAUUGAAUACAACGAGGCUCUGGAGAAAGGCAAAGAAGUGCUCAACUCGCCAUUAUAUGAAGACAAACUACGCCAACUGUCGCUGUCUCAAUUGAACGAGAUAUUCCUGGAGCUGGAAGUGCUGAUACGAGAGUUCUCCGAGACUCUGAUCGCGGAGUUGGCUCUACGCGACGAGCUGGAGUAUGAGAAGGAGUUGAAGAACACAUUCAUCUCUCUCCUGCUGGCGGUGCAGAACAAGAGACGGCAGUACCACAUCGAGAAGAAGAAGAGACCUGGCGCACCGCGCUCUCCCGGUCUGAACAACAGUCAUUCUGAACCUAAGUAUCUAACCACGGUUAUACCGUUCCACUUGGAAAAUGGGCCGCCUGACAAUCAGUCACUACAGGUGCUCAUAAAGAUUCUAAAAGCAUUGAACGAAGACAGUCCUACAGUGCCGACUCUGCUCACAGACUAUAUUUUAAAAGUACUGUGUCCGACAUAAACUGAAUAAUUACUUAAAAUUAGCUAAUUCAAUAUCAUAUAAAUACGGUAACUACAUUUUAAACUUUUAUAAACAUACAUAAAGAAGGUUCGAUAAAUGCUUGAAAUAUAAUACUAUGUUUGCAUUUAGAUCUUCUUUUUAUUUAAACUUGAUCUAAAGGGAAAAAUGUAGUUAUUUUUGUAUUUACUUCAAUAUUAUUCAUAUUAAAUCAAAUUAAAACUCAAUGUCAGCACACUUUUAUUAAUAUUAAGCUGUCUCAUAUCAAAAAAAAAUAAUGAAAUUCAAGAAAAUAAAUGGGCAGCGACUAAAUGCACGUGUUUAAAAAUAUGAUGAAUUUUAAAUAAUAAUAUGUAUUUUGAAAUUUAAAAAAGGAAUAAUUGUAAUGUGUGCGGAAUUAUGCACACACUUGCAACGUUGUCUAUGCUCUCAGUGUUGCCAUGUGUGUUAUAGAAUUACCUAUAUUUUUUAGAAUUUGUUCGUAAUUAUUGUAUUUUAAGUGAAUAUUGCCAUAAAACGUAUUUUCAUAAUUCAAACCAUUUUUUUGGCAUAUUUGUUUUAUAAUACUUUUUGCAUAAAUGAACUGUGAUAUCGUAUUAUGGUAGUUUGUUAAUUAUUGCUUCCUUUUAAGAUUUCCUUUUAAGAUAUUCUGUGCUGUUUUAAUUAAUGAUCGAUAUAAUUAUAUUUAUUUAAGAAAUUUAUUAAUUUAAUGAUUUAUUAAAAAAUCGAUUUUAUCGUGUAAAUAUAAAAAAAAUCAACUGGAAUUGUCGUCUCAAAAUAAAUAUUCGAUAAAUUUAAUUAAUUUAAGAAAAGUGCUGCAGAGGCUUGUAAAUAAUAACCAUCAGCUUUAUCUAAUUAAUAAUUAUAAGUUUUAUUUUAAUACUUUUAAUGUAAGAAGCCUUCAAACAUUGAAAAUUAUUGUAAUUAAGUGCUAUCUUAUACUAAAUAGAGAAAAAGUCUCUCGAAUUGUUUUCAAGUUUAUUUUUGACAAUCGAUUUAACAUGGCUAUAUCCGAUACGGUUUACCGUGAAAAAAGUGCUAAAGGUGCUGAAAUUAAUAAAACUAUUAAAAAUCAUAAUUAUAUCUCAAUAGAAAUAUAAAAAAUGAACGUUUCAUUAAAUGUUCUUAACGAUGUUAUUCUUGUCAUUUCUAUUUUAUUGCAUCGAACUAUUAUUUUAAUAAGUAGAAGUUGUUUUCUGAUUAUUUCAGAUGUUUCACUUUUUUCAAUCUAAUUUGACUCUACCACAAUUUAUAAUGUAGCUAGGACACUUAGUAUGGUAAAUUCGCUGUAACUAUUAUUUUUGUUAACAAAAUUAAUAUUAAAUGCCACUAAUUAUCAGCACUAUGAAAUAUACAUGUAGGUAGUCUUAGAUCAUAAUAUUUUUAAUAUAUAAGUUUUAUUUCUAGUCUCAACGUUUUGUAGUCAUAAUUUUGUUAAUUUUAUUACAUUUCAUGUCAUUAUAUAGAUACGAGUAAGAAAACCAUAUAGAUCUACUUUAUAAAAAAAAUAUCAAAUCCAAGGUUAAAGAAAACUCAAGUGAAAAAUAUUUAGGACAUAAAUUAAAUAUUGUUUUUCUUUAUAACCUUUAAUAAAACACGUUUAAAAAAUGGUAAAGCUUCGAAUUGCUAUGGAAUUUAAUAUUGUCUCAAAGAAUUUAUAUUUUCAUCGGAGUUUUUUUGGAAUCUUAUAAAAAAAUUCAAAAAGUAUUUCGAUAAGAUUAAAUAUAAAAUUGUAAAGUUUUUGUUGUAAUUUGAAAAUUGUUUGAAUAUUUACAAGAAUUAUAUUUUCUUUUGCAAAAUCUACCGUGGAUGCUUACGUCGCACAUAUAAGUACAUUUUUUCGUGUAGCAACACCAGUUGUCGCUGUCGUAUCUGUAAUUCUGUAGAAAACGAAUGGAAGUAUGAUUGAGGAUUGGUACUAAAUAAGAACUGUCUAUAACUACUACGAGUAUGUUAUUAUCUAUUGUUUUAGUGACUUUCAUACGUUAAUUUUAUAAUUUUCGCGAUUGGACGAUAUAAGUUGAUAAUAAAUUUAGCCUUUGCAUCUGCAGACUUAUGGUGUCUUCUUUUGGAUGAUAAAACUUUAGAAACACUGCUAUUAGCAGGUAUAACCGCUAGUCAAAGGAUUACUAUGACUAAGAAUGUAGGUAUUACCAAAAAGAAAACAAUAAGGUUUGAACUGUAAGUUACAUUGUAUAAUGCAUUAUGCUGAAACUAACUAAAAGGAGACCGACCAUUUUUCAUACAUUUUUGGGUCUUUUUUGAUGAAUUGAAUCGUUACAGAGUCCAAAUUAGUGUCAUUUAUAAAAUAAUAAUAUCAGUUUGAUUGACAGUUGCAUAAUCAGGAUUAUGCAACUGUCAAUUGCAUCAUAAAUUGCAAAAUUAGUUGCUUAAGCAAGUCUCUUCAUUAUAAAAUAUUUAAAUAUAAAAUUAUCAAAUAAAGGAUUUUUCGUUAUUCAUUUUUCUGUAAUAUGUUGGGCCCAAUAUGGUCGGUCUCUUUUAUUUUUUUGAUCGAUCGCAUUGACUGAUCAGAUUUGUGGUUACGAUUUCAAUUAAAAUAUCGUUUUGUCAAACUGCCGAUUAAAAUUGUGAACAUGCGUGAGCGUGCCUGAGCGAAGUGUUGCCAUGUAAAAUAAUUCACGAACGUAACAAAAAAAAACACUAUGCAGUGCAUAAGUAUGGAUGCGUAGUACCUGGUUAAAAUAAAGGAGCUUCAAAUAAAUCUAAA